UUUCGAACAUUAGUUUGUGUUAUGACGUUCUGAGUCUUGGUUCGCUGUGAAAGAGAGUAAAUUUUUUUGGAUAUUUAGCGGAAAAAAACAGUCGAAAAGCUGAAAAAAACUUUAUUAAAUCCAGUUGUUAAUUGAUUUUACUUGAACCAUGGAUGACGGUGAUUAUGAUAACGAUGAUGUUGGUGGUGAUGAUUUCGAUGAUGUUGAAGACGACGAUAACAUUGAUGACUUGAAUCAGGAAGAAGAAGCGGAAAACUUUGAAAUCAUCGCACCCGGACAACAAGGCGGCGGUGUACCAAAAAACAAACGCAUUACCACACGAUACAUGACCAAAUACGAACGAGCUCGUGUGUUGGGAACGCGUGCUCUACAAAUUGCCAUGUGUGCACCAAUCAUGGUUGAACUGGAAAACGAAACCGAUCCACUCCAAAUCGCAAUGAAAGAACUGAAACAACGUAAAAUUCCAAUCAUCAUUCGUCGAUACUUGCCCGAUCACUCGUACGAAGAUUGGAGCAUUGAUGAACUUAUUAUUAUUGAUACCUAAACGUAAAUUUUAAUUCUUAUUUUCUAAAUAAACGAAACAAAACAUACAAA